UUAAAAGCCGGGAAUUUUUCUUCAAGCGGGCUACACUUUAUAAAAGCCCAUGUUUUAGCUCAAGCUACACAGUACGUAAACGAUUUUUAGUACGAAAUUCACGAUGUCCAAGAUUACUCUGUUUAUUGCUUUUAUUUGCCUUUUCGUUAUCGUUCAGGCCCAAAGCGAUAGAGAUAUUUGUAGACGAAUUGUCGAUAGAUGUGAGUCAAGGGUCGUGAGAAAUGGCAGAAACAAUGAUAUUUCGAAUAUUUUCAAUGAGAACUGUCGGCGAACCCAUAGAAAUUGGCGCGAAAUCUCCCGAUGCGAACUCGCAAAAGCCAAUUGCAUAUUGACCCUUGAACGAUGUGACACGUUGUCCUGCGAGAAUGUCCGGCGAGCACUUGCCUAAUAAAAUACCGAUAUCAGAAUCGAAAAAUGUAAUGGACAUACAUAUAAAAAGGAAAAUCAUUUUUUACUGCAAUGAAAUAAAUACUUCGAUGCUCUCAA